UACCACAAUCAAUAUACACAGAUAAGAGAGAGCGGAGCAAGUAGAGAGAGCAGAGAAAUAAACAGAUAAAGAGGAAAAGUGAGAGUGAGAAAAUGGGAGCUGCUGGUGGUGCAACUGGUGGUGCAAGUGAUGAUGUGAUGCUGAGGUUAUGGUGGUGCUUCUUCUUUGCAUUUGCAGUUAUUUCUUCUGUUUGUUCGGCUAGAAGUAUUGCAUCAGCAGGGGAUGAAAUAAUGAUGGUAGGAGCUGGAAGGUCCCUGAAAGCUAUGAUUAAUGACUAUGAUCCUCCAUCGGCUAAUCCAGGACACACUCCACCCGGUAGAAGAACCCUGAAAGCGAUGAUUAAUGACUACGAUCCUCCAACGGCUAACAAAGGCCACACUCCGCCCAGUAGAAGAUCCCUGAAAGCCAUGAUUAAUGACUACGAUCCUCCAACGGCCAACAAAAAAAACGAUAAUAGAAGAACAGGUGGUAGAAGCAGCGGAGGCAAGCGGAAAUCUUAAACUCGGUACAAGCUUUGGCGUGCUGGUGUAUGCAUACUGUACGUUGCAUUUCCAUUGCAAUAGUACUACUUGGAACAGCAACGGCUUACAAAAAUUUAAGAUUUAGUAAGAGGAUUAUUGCACUUAUGUAUGUAUUAAAAAUAAAAUUAAGUAUGAUUACAACAAUAAUUAAGAUCUUGUUAACUAGAUUUGAAGAGGCAAAUCAAUGAACUUAUAAGAAAGAGAUGUUUCAUAUUGGAUUAUGUAAAUGAAGCUGUCACCACAGCUCGAACUUGUUUUUGUUCUUUAAUUUAAUGUACGUAUUAUUAUAUUAUAUAUUGAUAAAAUUAAUUUGUUUCCUGCAUGA